CUAAUCCCGAAUUAGUUCCUCAACCAAAAGAAAUACUAAAGACGCAGGAUCUCAGUGUGAAACAAGAAGUAAUGUUAGAGAAUGGCUAGUAAUUCCCACACCGUAGUACUAUCGCCCGCUAUCGAAGCAGCUGAAGUGGAACUGGAUAUAUCACCUGAAGACGAGGCCACCAUACCAUUUGUGACACCCGUUCCAUCUAACCAACAUGUGGCCAGCCCGAAACCCAAGCCCCUCGUAAAAAUACCGUCUUCUCCCGGUGCGAGAAGUACGCACUUGAAAACUCCGCUAGACACCAGGAAAAGUGCUCCAGUAACAAUCAGGAUUGGUAAUGGAGCAUCGCCAGCUUUAAGCAGCUCCCGCCAUUCCCGACCUUCCUCUAGAAGGUUCUCUGGGGAUAUAGAACUAGAGAAGAUGUCAGUUAAUGUGUUGGAGGUGUUUGAUACUGGCUCUAGGAGACCCUCCGCGCUUGAUAUUCUCAGUCACACUGGCUCUGAGGGGGCUGCAGCGGCAGUAGAACGAGCCAAGGAGAGGAGGAACAUUGUAAUAUGGAUGCACAGAAUAACUCAGAUAUUGUUAUACAUCUUGCCAACUCUCAUUGUGCUGUGUCUAAUAUUAUACUGGACUAUCGAAGAUGGAAAGUUAAAAUGGCUGACCAUGAUGGCCGCAGUUUUAGGGAUAGCGUGUGUGGUCGAUUUUAUUCUUUUCCAGUACUUCACAAACAGAGCGGAAGGAACAGAUUUACUGAACACAGUUGCGAUAUUCAGAGCGCGAUUACAGAAAAGUGGCAGGAGAUUCUAAACAUGCAAUAUAUCAUUGAAAGCUUUUACGAGAAAUAACAAAAGUGGUCUUCUCCUAGAAAAGCUGAUGAUCAUUGUGCUUUAUAUCAAUAUGCUAUGCUCCAAUAGGCGGGUUUUUAUCAUUGUCAAUCCCGAACUUUAAAGAAAAAAGGCCCGAGAUUGAGAUAUUUUGAGACUGAAAGUGAAUUUUAAGGAGAAAACAAAGAUAUAGGACAUUUUAGAUAAGGCAGGGUAUCUUGAAGUUGAAGUUGAAUUGUGAUCCAGAAUCGGGGAUAGACAUUUUUUCGAUCAUUUAAAGAGAAAUGGAUCAACUGUUCGACGAAAAAGGAACUGACAAGAUUGGUGCUAUUUCUUCGAUACUUUUUGUAAGAGUUCAUAUCUUUUUUAAACUUACAACUACUGCAAGCAUGGCCAAGACGUUAGCCUUUUUAUUGAUGGUCGGAAGAGAAAUUCAUACAAUAUGAUCACUGAUUAUGGGGUUAUUCGACAUUAAGAUUUGAGAAUCCAGCGGCAAGCCACACUUUAAAAAAAUUGCUGACUGCUUUUAUACGCAUUAUAUAUCAAUUACAUGGUUCAUCUGGUUUAGCAACGAAAUACUCUCACGAGAGCCGUUACAAUAUAUUAUCUAACCAACAGAAUGCUGGCAAUAUCUGGUUUUCUUGUACUUGGUAAUAUAUCAAAUAUAUGGUGUUUCUCUAUUCAUUAUCAUCAUCAUGGCAGAUCAUUUGUUUGGUUUGAACUUUUGACAAAUUCUUACAAAUUUUUAGUUCUGACGAGGUGUGUUAUUAUGUUUAUUUUUUCAAUUUUGAGGAAUUUUUCAAUUUUGAGGAAUGAUUAUGUAUCAAAGUUGUUUUGUAAUGGUCAGCUUCAAAUUCUAUUUUGCUGAAGUUA